CUCCCUUCCCCAAUCGAGAUUUUAUUACGUUGGUAUUAUAUGAGAAAUCAAGUAUUGUAUACAAUUCGUAACUCAUAUUAUUAGGAAAAUAUAUAAAUAUAAAGAUAACAUUAUUAUAAAUUGAAUAUAAAUAUCAUGAAAGUGAUUAGAAUUUCAAGACAAUAACAAUAAAAACGAUAAAAACGAUAAUAAUGGAUACAUUACACAACAAAAUGAAGCAUUCAUUGAGCGGCGCAGAAACUUGCGCAUUAAACAAAACGUGUAGGUUAUGCCUUCGCGUCGAAAAUCAUUUAAUAUCGAUAUUUACUGAAGAAGAAAAGUCAAAAUGCUUGGUUUCUCGUAUUCGAGAUUGUUGUCCUAUUACGUUAGAAGACGACAGACUACCGAAGAUGAUAUGUCACGAAUGCGAGGAAAAGGUAGCCGCUACGUUCGAAUUUCGCGAACAAUGCAGAAAAUCGGAACAUUUUUUGCGAUUACAUUACGAAUCGUGUAUCUCGGACAAACUUGAUCUUGUUAGAAUAUCAGAUUACAAAACUGUUUUGAAUUGCAAUGUUAAAGCUAAUUCAAAUAUGUGUACAAAUCUUGAUGUAAUCGAUUUGAAAGAAGAUCGGGGACAUUCAGAAAAAAAUCAAGGAGCAUUUAAUGAACAAAGAAAUGAAAAUUCCAUAUUAAAAACACAAUAUGAAAAGAAAAAAAUGUUAGAAUCAAAAAUUGUUCAUAAUGAAAUUGUAGAAGAAAAGGUAAUGAUGAAAUCAGUAUCACGAUCAUUUUUUAACGAUGAUCGAAAUCACGAUGAAGAAGGAAAAAAUAAAAAAAAAGAUAAGAUAAUCGAUCAAAUUUAUUUUUUCAAUGAUGAACAUAAAUACAUAGAGAAGGAAAGCGGCGAUAAUAUUUCCACAGAAAAAAUGCAAAUCUGUAAUGAUACAAUGAAAAUGCCAUAUCUGUGCGAUAUCUGUAGCAAAACUUUUGCUUCGAAAUCUGGAUUGCGAUUUCAUUUGAAAUCACAUGAUGCUGUAAAGUCUUAUCCAUGUCGAUACUGUGAUAAACGAUUUGUGAUUCCUAGUUACACCAAAAGACAUGAAAAAAUUCAUACGGGCGAUAAAUCAUUUAUUUGUCAAUAUUGUAGUGCGACUUUUGCUUCUUCGAAUGGUCUAAAAUAUCAUUUAAGACUUCAUACGGGUGAAGCAAACUAUCCUUGUAAAAUUUGUGGCAAAUCUUUUUAUCGACAUAAAUAUUUAAAGGAACAUAUAUUCACACACACAGGAGAGAAACCAUAUAUUUGUAAAACGUGCGGCGCUUCCUAUGGAAGUUCUGGCAGCUUAUUUGUGCAUAAGAAAAAGUGUAAAACUAAAUAAAUUAUUGUAUAAAAUAUAUAUAAAAAAAAUAAUAUAAAAUAAAAUAAAUAAAUAAAUAUAUAUUUUUAUAUAUUUGACCCAACUAAUCGAAAAAUAGUAUUUUGGGUAUGAAAAAACAUUUUUCAUACUCAAAAAAAUCAAGAAAAAUUUCAAAAAAAACUAUCUUUAUAUUUUUCAAACUUAAUAAGACUAUUCAGACAAUUAUCUGAAAUAUAAAUAUCUUUUUUAUUGCUUUCUGCCAUAAAUAAGAUACAGAAUAAAUGUGAUAUAUAAUUUUUUUUUUUUUUUCAUGUUUUAAAAAUUCGAAGAUUUGAUUCAUUUACCAUAUCACAUUAUUGACUCAGUAUAGAAAAUAAUUGUACCAUUAAUAAUAAUUAGAAUUAAAAUUUGAUUUUAUAUAAAUUAUAUCAUGAAUGAAUAAAAUAUAAAUUAUGAAUGAAUAAAAUAUAUCGUAAAUUCAGAUGAAAAACAAAAUAAAUGUAACAUUUUAUGAGAUUUAGUAUCAUAUUAUAUCAAAGAUAAAUUAUAACAUACAUUAGAUAUAAGAUUUUUAUAUUUAAUUUUAUGGUUAUUAUAUUACGGUUAUAAUAUGCAAUGCAUUUUUUUUUGCUCUCUUAUCAUUUUAUCACUCCCAAUGUUAUCGAUUC